AUGGAUAUAACUGUUACUUUGAGAUACAAAGGCAUGGAUGGCAGCAUUAUGAACCCAAACCGUCUGCAUUUCAUAAAGCCCAUAAACGACGACUUCGGCCAAGAAUUUCUUAUACCUUUGAAGUUCAUGCGGCACUUGGAACCAACGAAUGAUGUCAGGGCACUGAUAAGAAGUCCAACAUCAAAGAACUAUUAUGUCAGAAUUGAUGGAAGAAGGAUUGAAAACAAUUGGACACAAUUUGCAGUGGACCAUGAUCUUCAUUUACAUGACAUUCUCAUGUUCAAAUACGCAGACAAUAUGGUAUUUGAAUUAAUAGUUUUCGAUUCAGAUGGUCUUGUAAAGGAAUUUCAGCCGCCAGAUCCAGACGUCCCAAAAGAAGCUGGCAGGCCAAGAUUCAGAGCAAUUAUAACACCUUCAACUCUGAGAGACAACAGAUUGCUGAUUCCAAUAGCUUUUGCAAGAUCAAAUAACUUAGCCGACAGAGUCGACAACGCUGAUGUAAUUCUGAUGAAUGGAGAUGGAAACCAAUGGACCGCACAUCUUAAAAAGAAGAAAUCACGUCCAGUUGUUUAUAUCGGAAUUGGUUGGACAAGAUUUAUGGUUGAUAAUCACUUGAAACAGGGGGAUUCUUUUGUCAUGCAAUUGCUUCACAACGAGAUGAAACCAACAUUUCUUAUUCAAAUUAUUCAUCCACCAAAAAUUGCCUACCUGCAAAACAUUCUCAUUGUAAUUCAUUCCAGUGCAUAUAAUUCUACGAUGGAGAUUGGAGAAUCAACCAAGCUUAAUAGAAUGAGGCGCAAGAUGUUAAUUGAUGAAAAAAAGAGACACAGAACAAACCCUACAGAAUUGGAAGCUUCAUCUUCGUCUGUGCGACCUGCUAGCAAGCGACAUAAACCCUACACCGCAAGUACAGUUGAUCAGUUGAAUACUUCCUCUGAAAAACAUGUAAUUGGGUCAGAAACAGUGACGUUAAACCUAGGGCAACCUUCAUAUACUUGUCAAUUCUGUGGAGCUAUAUUUUGGUUUUCAGAGCGUCUAAAAUCAUCCUCCAAUUAUCAUCCAGUAUACUCGCUUUGUUGUAGACAAGGACGCAUCAAAUUACCUCCAUUCAGUGAACCUCCACAUCCAUUGAAACAGUUGAUGGAUUAUGGAAGAGACAGAUGUUCAAAAUUAUUUCGUGACAACUUGAGAAUGUACAAUUCUAUGUUCGCAUUUACAUCUACCGGCGGAAAAAUUGACAAGGAAAUAAACCGAGGUCAAGGGCCAUAUGUUUUUAAAAUCAAUGGACAAAACCACCAUUUGAUAGGAUCACUUCUGCCACUAGAUGGACAAAGACCACAAUUUGCUCAGCUCUAUGUUUACGACACAGAAAAUGAAGUCUCCAAUAGAGUAGCAGCUCUUUCAAGAUCUGCUCUCAAUGUUGUAGUCCAAAAUGAUAUUGUUUCUCAAUUAAUACAAAUGUUUGAUCAGGUAAAUCAUUUGGUCAAAGCUUUUCGAAUGGCCAGAGAUAGAAUUCACAGUGGAGAUGAGCGGACUUUCUCAUUGUGCUUAUCAUCUAGAAGACAUGGAGACAGCUCGCAGUAUAAUGCUCCAACACUACCAGAAAUGGCAGGAUUGAUAGUGGGUGACAUUGGCAGUACAGAUGAGGGCCGGGACAUUAUUGUUGACCACCAGGGACAGGGAUUAAAACGUAUAAAUGAUCUGCAUCCUUCGUUCAUGGCAAUGCAAUAUCCUAUAUUGUUUCCGUUUGGAGAGGAUGGAUACAGGCUGAAUAUUCCAUAUCAACAUAAUGGUAACUCUCCUAAAUUGAAACGAGGAUACGUUACAAGACGUGAAUUCUAUGCCUACAUGUUACAACAAAGAAAGAAUGGUGGUGGGUUACUAAUUAGUGGGGGCAAAUUAUUUCAACAAUAUAUAGUGGAUGCUUUUACAUGCAUAGAAGAUGAGAGAUUACGAUAUAUUCGUUUUAAGCAUCAACAAGACCAUUAUAGAUGUGAAAUAUAUAAGGGUAUUCAAGAUGCAUUUCUCCGAGGUGAUGUGAGAGCAAAUUCUAUUGGCAAGCGUGUCAUCUUACCAUCGAGCUUUACAAGUGGCCCUCGCUAUAUGAUUCAAAACUAUCAUGAUGCAAUGGCAAUAUGUAGGUCUAGGGGAAACCCAGAUUUAUUUAUCACUUUUACAUGCAAUGUUCAAUGGAUAGAAAUACAAGAUGCAUUGGCUCUUAUACCAGGUCAAAAGCCAGAAGACAGACCAGAUAUCAUUGCCAGAGUCUUUCAUAUGAAGCUUAAUGUGUUUAUGAAUGAUAUUCAAAAAGGAAACCACUUUGGAAAUGUUGUGGGAGCUAUUUACACUGUUGAGUUCCAAAAGAGAGGUUUGCCUCAUGUUCACAUAAUUAUCUGGCUGCACCAAAGUGAUAAAUACCCAACGCCAGAUGACAUUGACAAAAUUAUAUGUGCGGAGAUACCAGACAAAGAAACAGAACCAGAUUUGUACAAGGUUGUUUCUAAAUUCAUGAUCCAUGGACCAUGUGGGAAUGCAAACUCCAAAGCGCCAUGUAUGAAAAAUGGGAAAUGUAUGAAACAUUUUCCCAAGAAGAAUUACAGAGAGACUACUAUUGGUGAGGAUGGAUUUGCCAUUUAUAGAAGAAGGGCAGAUGACAAUGUAGUGGUUAAGGCUGGAGUUGAAAUGGACAAUCGUUUUGUUGUGCCUUACAAUAAAAAACUACUUCUGAAAUAUGAUGCACAUAUAAAUGUCGAGUGGUGCAAUCGUUCAAGGUCGAUAAAGUAUCUCUUUAAAUACGUGAAUAAAGGACCAGAUCGAACAAGAGCUUUCCUACAAGAAAGGACGCACACAACUGCUCAAAAUACAGCUGCUGAUAAUGAAGUUAUUGAUGAGAUAAAGACCUAUCUUGAUUGUAGGUAUUUGACUGCAUAUGAAUCAGUGUGGAGAAUUUUUGAAUUUCAUAUUCACCACAAGUUCCCAACUGUUCUUAGCUUAACAAUUCACAUGCCUCUAAUGAACAACGUAGUUUUCAGAGGAAAUAUCCAAGUUGACAGAGUAUUACAGCAGCCCGGAAUUGAGAAAACUAUGUUGACCGAAUGGAUGUUUACAAACACAAAUUGUGAAGACGCUAGACAGCUAACAUAUGCUGAGUUUCCAGCUUUUUGGAGGUGGGACAACACAGACAAAAUAUGGUUUCGAAGAAAGAGAGGACAUUGCAUUGGCAGAAUUUCAUAUGUUCAUCCAUCAGCAGGAGAGGUUUAUUAUUUAAGAAUGUUGUUAUCUCAUAUCAGAGGGGCCACAAACUUCAUUGAUAUGAGGACAAUUAAUGGAAGUGUUUAUGAAACCUUUAAAGAAGCUUGUAAUGCAAUGGGUUUAAUUGGCAACGAUCGGGAGUGGAAUGAAGCUAUGAAAGAGGCUGCACAAUGGGCAACUGCACAUGAGCUUAGGGAUUUGUUUGUCACAAUGAUACUAUAUUGCGAGGUUGCAGAUGCGAAAAAGUUGUUUGCCGAUAAUAUAGCAUGCUUGCAAGAAGAUAUAAUUUACAAGCUUACAACAGAAAAUGGGAUGUUGGAAACGAAUUUUUCAGAAGAAGAAAUAACAGAUGCAGUGCUUAUAGAGGUAGAAAAGUUGCUUAAGAGAAGUGGUUCAUCACUGGCUGAAAAUAGACUUCCACAGCCAACAAAUAAAAAUGUGCAAGACUUGGGUAAUACUAUGUUGAGAGAAGAACUAUCACAUAACAUAGAUGAACUUCAGUGUCAAAGUCUUCAAUUAGUAGAGCAAAUGAAUGAUGAUCAAAGAACAGUGUACAACGCAGUUACAGAAGCUGUCAACAGAGACAUGGGAGGCUUAUUCUUUAUUUAUGGUCAUGGGGGAACUGGAAAAACAUUUCUUUAUAAUGCAAUUAUAAGCAGUUUACGUUCGCAAGGAAAAAUUGUCCUUGCGGUGGCAUCUUCUGGAAUAGCAUCACUACUAUUGCCUGGUGGAAGAACUGCGCACUCAAGGUUCAAAAUACCGAUUGAUGUACAUGCUGAAUCAAGCUGUCAUAUUAAGAAAGGGACUCACCUAGCAGACCUUAUUAAAAGAGCAUCUCUUAUUGUCUGGGAUGAAGCACCAAUGACCCAUCGCCAUUGUUUUGAAGCAUUACACAAAUCUUUGAGUGAUAUAUUUGACUGUGAUGAGGAAACAAACGCUAAUCAAUGUUUCGGAGGAAAAAUAGUUCUACUUGGUGGAGAUUUUAGACAAAUUCUUCCUGUGGUUAUCAAGGGUUCAAGACAUGAUACUAUCAAAGCUUGUAUAACACAAUCAUCAUUGUGGUGUCAUUGCAAGAUUUAUAUUCUGAAACAGAAUAUGAGGUUGAAAGAUGUUGGUUUAUCAAAUGAAGAAAAAGCAGAUCUCAGUCAUUUUAGUCAGUGGCUUAUUAACAUUGGGGAAGGUAGGGCCGAAACAAUCAAAAUAAAAGACGAUGAGGAAUGCCCAACCUGGAUAAAAAUACCCGACUCCUUAUUAAUAAAAUCUGCAAAAGGCGAUAUUGAGGAUUUGAUUACAGAGACAUAUAGUGGUUUGCUAUCUUCGUACAAUGACUUCGAGUAUUUAAAAGAGAGAGCCAUCAUCACCGGCACGAAUGAGGCAGUUGAUAUGAUAAACACACAUGUUUUGAAAAUGAUACCCACUGAACAGAAAACAUAUCUCAGUUUUGACUCAAUAUACAAAGUCGCUGGUGCUUCGGAUGAUGAUGAUCUGCUCUACCCAACUGAAUUUUUAAAUUCACUGUCAUUCAACGGCAUUCCCAACCACGAGCUUCAUUUGAAGGUUAAUACACCUGUGAUGCUAUUACGAAAUUUAAAUCAAACCUGCGGUCUGUGUAAUGGAACUAGACUAAUGAUCACAAGAUUGGGAGAAAAAGUGAUCCAGGCAACAGUUAUCACAGUUUUCUCACAUGGUCAAUUGUACGUUGCUGCAUCGAGAGUGACAUGCUAUAAAGGACUAAAGAUCUUGAUAGCAGGACAAGACGAAGAAAAUUCCAUGUACACAAAAAAUAUUGUAUAUGAUGAAGUUUUUGAGGAUCUGCACACAAGUGGACAUCGCACCAACCUUAUUGUUGAAAUCAGACAAAUCAUUGUCAACAACCAGGAAGCAGAUCUUCCAAACGAUAAAGAUAUGAGAAACCAUCUGGAUUAUGAUCCUGUGCAAUCAUCCUCUAAGGCUAUCCUUCAGUAG